CACAGAGAGAGAGAGAGAGAGAGAGAGAUUGCAGAAGUUAUUGCAUCGAGAGAGAGAGCGAGAGAAGAUGGAGGGACAGGGAGAGAGCGGUGUGUCGGCAAGAGGAGCGAAAACGUAUGCCUUUGCCUGUGCUAUCAUCGCUUCCAUCAUCUCCAUCUUGAUGGGCUACGAUACCGGAGUGAUGAGCGGCGCCAUGCUGUUCAUGAAGGAGGAUCUCAACAUACAGGAUGAGCAGGUGGAGGUGCUUGCGGGGAUCAUGAACAUAUGCGCGUUGGUCGGAUCCUUGACCGCCGGGAGGCUGUCCGACUGGAUCGGCCGGCGCUACACCAUCGUCGUUGCCUCCAUCAUCUUCUUCGUAGGGGCGGUCUUGAUGGGCUUGGGUCUCAACUACGGCAUGCUCUUCUCCGGGAGGUGCAUCGCGGGCGUCGGGGUCGGCUACGCCUUGAUGGUCGCUCCUGUGUACUCGGCGGAGAUCUCUUCCCCGUCCUCCCGCGGCUUCCUCACCUCCCUCCCGGAGAUCUGCAUCAGCGCCGGCAUUCUGCUCGGGUACGUCUCCAACUACUUCCUGCGGCACCUCCCGCUGAAGUACGGCUGGCGUUUGAUGCUCGGCGUCGCCGCGGUGCCUUCGGUCAUGCUGGCCGUGGGGAUUCUGGCCAUGCCGGAGUCACCGCGGUGGCUGGUCAUGCAAGGCCGCCUCAGGGACGCCCGGGAGGUGCUGCUGCGGGUGUCGAACACGAAAGAGGAGGCGGAGCUGAGGCUACGGGAGAUAAAGGCGGCCGCGGGCGUCGACGAGAGCUGCACCGACGACGUCGUCGAGCCGGUCGCCACGCACCGCGGGGAGGGCGUCUGGAAGGAGUUGCUGCUCCGGCCCACCCCUGCGGUGAGGCGCAUCCUCAUCGCCGCCCUCGGCAUCCAUUUCUUCGAGCACGCUACCGGGAUCGAAGCCGUGGUGCUCUACACCCCGAGGAUCUUCAAGAAGGCGGGGAUCAGCAGCAGGAGCAAGCUCCUGUUCGUCACCAUGGGCAUGGGGGUCACCAAGACGGCCUUCAUCCUGGUGGCCACCUUCCUGCUGGACAAGGUGGGCAGGAGGCCCCUGUUGCUGACGAGCGUGGCCGGGAUGAUCCUGUCCCUCUCGAGCUUGGGGAUCGGGCUCACCAUGGCGGAUCACAGCCAGCAAACGCUGCCAUGGGCGCUCGGCCUCUGCAUUGCCUCCCUGCUCUUGUUCGUGGCCUUCUUCUCCGUCGGCCUGGCGCCCGUCACCUGGGUCUACAGCUCGGAGAUAUUUCCCCUGAGGUUGAGAGCACAGGGAGCCAGCAUGGGGGUGGCUGUGAACAGGCUGAUGAAUGGAACGGUGUCCAUGACCUUCAUCUCUCUCUACAAGGCCAUCACCAUCGGUGGUGCCUUCUUCCUCUUCGCAGGCAUUGCGGUCUUGGCCUGGAUCUUCUUCUUCUUCUGCUGCCCCGAGACGAAGGGGGUGUCCCUGGAGAGGAUCGAGGAGGUCUUCAGCAAGGGAUGCGAUGGAAGCUCAGUGGCCGAGGUCGAGGGAGUUGCCAUGGCGAAUGUAGCUUCUCCAAAUGGUCACCUAAAAUCAUCCAAGUCAUGAUACCAUACUAUUCUGCUUCCCCAAGAUGAUAUAUAUAGAAAUGAAUAGAAAAUGACAAAGCCGAUGCUUCGUUCAGCACGUCAAUUUUAGUGACUUAAAUAGCAUUACACAUUGGUGCAUUACAUAGAUACACAAUUAACUAUAUUUUAUGCUCAAUCUAAAAGCAUUCUAUAUAGGUCACAUCAAAGUCCAACCUCAACUAAAUAAAUAUCGGCGGUCGCAUUCAUGUAUUAUGAAGUAAAUUGAGAUACCGAAAGGUCUUCUUCGCAAUGGUAUUAAUGUUUUCUUGAGCA